AUGGGCUGCGUGCCGUCGAAGCAAGCGGUCUCGGUGACCCCGGCCGCGGUGGAUCACUCGGGGGCGCUCAAUGGCGGGUCGGAUCGGAGCCGAGUGGGGAGCUGCGGCGGGGGCGGGGGCUUGGUGGCGGAGCUGGAGUUGAACUUGAAGAAGGUGAAGAAGAGGGGGGCGGCCGAGUCGGGAAGCGAGUGCGAGUCGGGACGGGCGAGUUCGAAUGGGUCGGUCAGCUUCCGGCUGGGGAACCUGCACAGGUUCUUGGAGGGGGAGCAGGUGGCGGCGGGUUGGCCGGCGUGGCUGAGCGCGGUGGCCGGUGAAGCCAUUCAGGGCUGGGUGCCCCUUAAAGCAGAUUCUUUCGAGAAACUUGAAAAGAUUGGCCAGGGCACGUAUAGCACCGUAUUCCGAGCACGCGACUUAGAGAAGGGAAGGAUUGUUGCUUUGAAAAAAGUCCGGUUCGACAAUUUCGAGCCUGAAAGCGUUCGUUUCAUGGCUCGGGAGAUAUUAAUCCUUCGCCGGCUUGACCAUCCGAAUAUUAUAAAGUUGGAAGGUAUAAUCACGUCAAGGUCUUCGUGCAACAUAUAUCUUGUGUUUGAGUAUAUGGAACAUGAUAUAGCUGGACUGUUAUCUUCCCCAGGGAUUACUUUCACCGAGGCACAGGUCAAGUGCUACAUGAAGCAAUUGCUAUCGGGACUCGAGCACUGUCAUUCUCGGGGAGUGAUGCAUCGGGACAUUAAAGGCGCGAAUCUCUUAGUGGAUAAUGAAGGUGUGCUUAAAAUUGCCGAUUUUGGAUUAGCAAACUUCUGUAGUUUCGGGCAGAGGCAACCUCUGACUAGUCGGGUGGUCACUCUUUGGUAUCGGCCACCCGAGCUCUUAUUGGGGUCCACUGACUAUGGGGCAUCAGUCGAUCUUUGGAGUGCCGGUUGCUUGCUUGGUGAACUUCUUGUUGGGAAACCUAUCAUUCAGGGGAGGACUGAGGUGGAACAGCUUCACAAGAUAUUCAAACUCUGUGGGUCCCCUCCGGAAGAUUACUGGAAAAAAUCGAAACUUCCACACGCUACACUGUUUAAGCCACAGCAUCCUUAUCAGAGCUCCCUUUGGCAAACUUUUAAAGAUCUUCCCCAAGUUGCCGUGUCACUCAUUGAAACUCUGUUAUCAGUCGAGCCAUUCAAGCGGGGCACUGCUGCUGCUGCCCUAACAUCUGAGUAUUUCAAGACGAAGCCAUACGCUUGUGAACCGUCAAGCUUGCCAAAGUAUCCCCCCAGUAAGGAGAUAGACAUUAAACAUCAUGAAGAGGCUAGCAGAAAAAGGCCAGCCGGAAGGUCUCGUGGACCUGAAGUAAGAAAACCAACCAGAAAACCGAAUGGGAUCAAUAAACUUGCCCCAGAAGAGAACUUGGCUCCUCAGAAGCAAGAGGAGCCGAAAAUGAACAGAAUUGGCCGUGCCAGCAACCACAGAGUGAAUAAGGCCUCGGGUCACGAGCCACCUAAACCGCCAGUGGGCCCUACGAAAGCGCCAUCUCACGCGAAAAAUGCAUCCCAAGGAGACGCCACAUAUGCAGGGCCCCUGCAGGUCUCGGGAUCAAGCGGCUUCGCGUGGGCCCGAAGAACUACCGACUUGAGGUCGAGAAGCAAGUCGAGCUCGAGAAGCCUGAACAUCGAAUCUUGCGGUGCUGGGCGCUCGAAAAGUAACGAUUUGGACUCCAAUGAUGAAGGAAAACGUGAUGAUGAUGCCGGAGCAAAAGAGCGCGAGUCUUAUGAAAUAUUCAAAAGUUCGAUGCUUAAGAAGUGGAGCCAGCUGGAGUGUCCUGAUUCGUUCGAUGCCUCGGAGGAUUACCAUUCGCAGGAUCUGUCUGUACGUAAAGGGGAAGCGGCUUCCAAGGGAAGCAACUCGGUAUACCAUAAUCAAGAGGAGAAGGUCGAGUUUUCAGGGCCCUUGCUUUCCCAAUCGAAGAAAAUCGAUGAGCUCUUGGAAAAACACGAACGUCAUAUUCGCCAGGCCGUUCGAAGAUCAUGGUUCCAGAGAGUUAAGAUAAACGGGAAGUAA